AUGAAGCAAAAUCUAAGGAUUGAGAAAGUAUGUUUUGUCUUCAUGUUGGUCGUUGCGGUCCAGAUAUCUCUGUUGCUCAUUAUGAGAAUUACUUCACCAACAAACGACGAAGGACAAGAUUUGCACUUGGCAAAGAAAACAUGCAACACUUCAUUUUCAAAUACAUGGGCUUUAAUCCAAUCACAACAAGGUGGACCAAUCAUAUGCGAUAGAUCUCAUGACAACUACGAUUGGUGUUUCCUCAACCGUCCAUCUAUACUAGACCCAAACACAACUACAUUUUCCACCGUUAGAUCAAACUCUCAAAACUCAACUAUUCCUUUAUUAAUUGAGAAAAUUCGUCCAUACCCUCGAAAAUGGGAGAAAUUCACCAUGUCAUUAGUAAGUGAAAUUACUCUUACAACCUCAUCAAUUGACAAGGUUUGUCAAAUCUACCAUGAAACGCCUGCUUUAGUAUUUAGUGUUAGUGGCUACACUGGUAAUUUCUUCCAUGAUUUUAAUGAUGGCAUUAUACCUCUAUAUGUUACUAUUAAUACCCUUUUUCCUAACCAAGAUGUCACACUUGUGAUCACUAAUUUUAAAAAUUGGUGGUAUAGCAAGUACGAGGUCUUACUGAAUACCUUUACCAGACAUCCUAUUGUUAAUCUUGACAACCAAACAGCUACACAUUGCUUUCCAUUAGUUGCGGUAGGGCUCAUAUCACAUGGUCCAAUGACCAUACAACCGAUUGAUCAUUUGUACCACGCGCGAUCAUUUCAUGGAUUUCGUUCGUUACUAGAGAUUGCAUAUAGCAAAUGUCCCGUUAUACCACUUGUACCGCCUCUAGUGGCAGGUAAGCCUAGACUUGUGUUUAUGGGCAGGACAGGAAACGUGGGUCGUGUAAUAUUGAAUCAAAAGGAAAUUAUAGAGGCAACAAAGAAGGCAGGGUUUGAUGUUGUGCUAUUUCAACCAACAAAAUUUACAUACUUGUGUGAUGCAUAUAGACUCAUCAAUGCAAGUCAUGGAAUUAUAGGAGUGCAUGGUGCUGCUUUAACACAUUCACUCUUCCUCCGACCGAGGUCAUUGUUCAUACAAAUCGUGCCAAUUGGUAAUGAAUGGUUGGCUGAUUCAUACUUCAAGAAUUUGGCAAAUGGAUUAAGCUUUAAGUAUGUAGAGUACAAAAUUAGGGCAGAAGAAAGUAGUUUAGCUGGGAAAUAUGGAUUAUAUCAUGAAAUUGUGAGGAAUCCAAAUAAAAUUAUUAGAGGAAAUUGGUCUGCCUUGGAUAGUAUUUACCUCAAAGGGCAAGAUGUUAAGCUAGAUCUAAGUAGGUUUAGUAAGUAUUUGGUAAUUGCAUAUUCAAAAGCUAAGAGGUUUAUGGACAAUAGUGGCUAGAUUGGAUUAAACUUUAAGCACCAAAAAAGAAUGGUGGCUAGAUUGGAUUAAACUUUUUCAUAUUAUAGUACGUAAACACAAUUUUUUUUCUUUCCCGAGUU